GGCCACCAUGCUGCCCGCGGCGCCGGGCAGGGGCGGCGGCCCCGCGCCCCCAGGAAAUACGAAAGACAUCAUAGUGAUAUAUGAAGAAGAUGCUGAGGAAUGGGCUCUGUACUUGAGGGAAAUCUUUUUACGUGUUGUGAAAAGGGAAGCAAUCCUGCUGUAUUGCUUGGAGAAUUUCUCCCUUCGGCAUUUGGAAUUGCUGAACUUAACGUCUUAUGAAUGUAAACUUUUGAUAUUAUCAAACAGCCUGCUUAAAGACCUAACUCCAAAGAAAUGUCAGUUUCUGGAAAAAGUACUUCAUUCACCAGAAAGUGUAAUUACUAUGCUUUGUGGAGUGAAGAGUUCAGAUCAGCUCUACAAAUUAUUAAAUAUCUCUGGAAGCAGAUGGGAGAUCUCAACUGAGCAGGAGCCAGAAGACUACAUCUCUGUCAUCCAGAGUAUCAUGUUCAGAGGUUCUGAAGACUACCUUGAGGUCGACAUCCCAAUGAACCUAAGAGUGAAACAUUCUAGGGAAAUGAAUGACAGAAGGGAAACGGAAGAAUUUCCAGAAGCUCCAAGAAGCACCGUACCGCUGGCAGUGGUGCUUCCUGCUGAAAUUCCAUGUGAGAAUCCUGGUGAAAUAUUCAUUAUUUUGAGAGAUGAAGUCACUGUUGAUACUGUGGAGGUUGAAUUUACAUCAAAUAACAAGCAAGUGAGAACACAGCCAGCCCCCUGGAAUAAGAAUGUCUGGUGCAUGAAAGCUUUAGAAUUUCCUGCUGGCUUGGUCAACGUUGAUGUCUACUGUGACGGAAUCAUUAAGGCCACAGCCAAGGUCAAGUACUAUGCGCCAGCCAAGGUGGUGGGAUGCCCAUUGGGAGUGGUGGAUCCAGGGGAGUGUUUGUGCCAGAACGACAUUGAAGAGCUUGACGGCGUUCUGACAGCCACAUUCAAACACGAGAUACCGUAUUAUGAGUUCCAGUCUCUUCAAACUGAAAUCUCCUCUCAAAAAGAAUGGACCCGUUUCAGAGAACUUCCAACUCUACUCCACUGUGCAGCAAAAUUUGGCCUAAAGAACCUGGCUACUCAUUUGCUUCAAUGUUCAGGAGCAACGUGGGCAUCGAAGAUAAAAAAUAUGGAAGGCUCAGACCCAGCAGAUAUUGCUGAAAGGCAUGGUCACGAAGAACUCAAGAAAAUCUUUGAAGACUUUUCGAUCCAAGAAAUUGGCAGAAAUUAUGAGCAAGAAAAUGAUUAUGAACAGGAUAUUAUCUCAUUUUCCACAUACAUUCCUUCAGCCGCAGGGAGCCCGGUGUUGCAUCAGGACAGCGGGCAGACUGGGGGACCCGGGGCGCGCGGGCCUGCAGGGCGAGGACAGGAGGACGGAUCGGAGGAGGCCGCCAGCGGGAGCUCCGAGGACCAGUAUGAGGACUUGUACGUGUCCAUCCCCGGAGUCGACCCAGCGAGUAAUUCACAAGAGCCACUUGCGGGCAGCCGACCCCCUCCCCCGCCACCGCGACCUGUGCCCGCCGCCUUCCAGCUGGAAAAGCCUCACUUGGCUUUGCAAGCAGGGACAACGGUGGAAGGCCACAUGGAGAGCAGUCAAACCUGGUGCAAUCGUGGUAUAAGACAAGAAACAGGAGAUGAAUCCAAAGGAGAUGAAGAAAAGAAAGACGAAAAGGAGCAGGAGGAGGAAGAAGACCCAUACACUUUUGCUGAGAUUGAUGACAGUGACUACGACAUGAUACUGGCCAGUCUGAGUAUAAAGAAAAACACUGGAAGUCGGUCUUUCAUUAUAAACAGACCUCCUGCCCCCACACCCCGACCCACAAAUAUGCCUCCAAAAGAGAAAACCACACCUUACAUAGCUCAAGUGUUCCAAAAAAAGACACCCAGAAGACAGUCUGAUGAUGACAAGUUUCAUGGUGUUCCUAAGAAACAAGACAGAGCCCGGAUGGAGAGUCUGACUGCUGGGCAGGAAGAACUCAUCCUCCUGCAAGAGAAAGUCAAGAAUGGGAAAAUGUCUGUGGACGAAGCCCUGGAGAAAUUUAAACACUGGCAGAUGGGAAAGAGUGGCCUGGAAAUGAUUCAGCAGGAAAAACUACGCCAACUACGAGACUGCAUUAUUGGGAAAAGGCCAGAAGAAGAAAAUGUCUGUGAUAAGCUCACCAUUGUGCACCAUCCAGGUGGUAAGGAAAUUGCCCACAAUGAGAGUAUGUUGUAUAACAUGCCCUUCAGCAAUAAGCUUCCUGCUCGACUCCAAGCUGAAAAGGAAUUUGGUUUCUGUUGCAGGAAAGAUCAUUAAAGAAGAUUAUUAUAAUGAAACUCAAGAAUCUGCAGACAUUGUGCUUUCGGGUGAAACCAGCUUGCAUUUGGAUUCCCUGCUCUCUCCAGAGCAAAUCUAUGUUAUGAAAGCAGAAGCAAGACUCUGGGUUUCAGAAUUUCUUUUUGCCACAAUUUAUUGGCAUUAUACCUGCUUCAUGUGGGUUCAUCAGUAUUAAAACAAUGCCAUAGAGCAAUCGCGUUCUUUGAAAAUUCUUGCAUUUUACAAUGCACUUUGCCUUUUGCUAGUUCUCAUUUUGAAAAAUAAAAGAAAACAGGAGCAGAGAA